AUGGAAUCCCAUACAUUUUAUAGUUAUGAUGAAACUAUUGAAAAACCAGUGUACGGUUAUUUACUUCAUAAUGAUGAACAAAGGCUAUCGCUUCUAAGUCAAAAUCCUCAAAUGUCGGCUACAGAAAUUGCCAAAAAUAUAGCGAACAAUUGGAAUGCUUUAACCGAAGUGCAGAAAAAUCAAUAUUCAGAACGCGCCAAAGAAUUAAAUUGGAAAUGUCUUAAUGAGAGAGAAAGAAAUUUGCAUCUUGAACGCGUUAGAGAAUUGGCCUUAAGAUUGAAAGAGUAUCGGCCAAAUCCAUAUUUAGAUGAGCUUCCAACCGGGGAAUCAACAUUCGAACUAUCUCACAGCGGAUUUGAGGAUUCAGACAAUGAAGAAUAUUCUCAAGAAUCCGAAAUGACAGAAUCAUUUACUAGCUCAUUAACUGAAAUUUUCAACGAUUUUCACGUCAACGCAUUCGAACUUUUCGUGGUGGAAGGUACGGAAAGAAUGUUACGUUUGUACCCGGGAAUGCCUCUCGAAAAUAUCAGAGAGACAUUAGUUUUUCAAUGGAACCAGAUGGAUAUUUAUCAACGUGCGCCUUGGAUUAAGAAGGCAGAUGAGAAUCGUGAAAUUUACUCAAAAACUCUUAUCGCUGAUGCCGACCAAGGAAAUUCUGAAGAUGACAGUGAUUAUAAUUCGGAAGAUAUAAAUGAAUUAGUUGAAUCAUCGGAUGGCGAAGAAACAUCAGAAGAAUCAAUUAUAAGUUUUCCUGAUUUCAUUUAUUCAGAGGUUGAUAAUGAACAAGGUCCUAUUAAAUCAUCGCAAGACACAUUAGUUCAAAGUCGCCCAGUACUUGCACCUAUACCUUCAUGGCCUAGACCACCCGCACCUGCGUUCCUUCAUUUUUCUGAGUAUAUGCGACCUCGAAUUACCACAGAAAAUCCAUAUUACAAUUAUGGUACUAUCACAAAGUUAAUUCGUGAACGUUGGGAGUCAAUGACCGUCGAAGAACGCGCGCCAUGGGGACAUUUAGCUCAACAAGAUGAAAUUAGGUUUGAAAAUGAGAAGUUGGCAUAUAUUGCAGAUCAGGCCCAAUCGCAAAUACAAUUUGAUAGUUAUCAAUCAUACAAUGAUGAUCAGUUGUUGAGUCUUGAGAGCGUAUUUAAUUUUCAACAACCUGAUAAAAGUGCGGUUCUGGAGGUCGAUCCAAUAUUAUUAAAUAUGGGCCGGUUCGAUCACAAAUUUAGCUUUCCUAGUUCAAAACAAGAAAACAUUUUCAAACAAGAAAAUGUUUUUAAGCAAGAAAAUGUUUUUGAACAAGAAAAUGUUUUUAAACAAAAAAACGGUUUUAAACAAGAAAACGUUUUUAAACAAGAAAACGUUUUUAAACAAGAAAACAUCUUUAAACAAGAACGUCGUUCACAAACGCCAUCUAGCUUCCGUGACAUUCCUACUGAGACACAAUUUUGGGUUCAAUCUAGCGACAAAGAGAAUAUUCCGUUAGAAUGUUAUGGAAAUAAUCAUCAUCGAUCACCAUUGCAACCACGUAAUCUCAAUCAAAUACAUAACCCUUAUGACGAAACUAUUAACGUACCACAAAAGAUUUAUAAACCCGAUGAACGUCGAUAUGGUCUUAAAGUUCCAGCGUUAUACAUGUCCGCCUACGAACUUUUUCUUAGUGAAGUUAAGGCUGACUGUAUGAAUAAAUAUCCUUCAUUAAUUACUGAGUCUCAUCUUAAUAAGUGUAUCGAUGAUAAGUGGAAGGCAAUGGAUGUUGACGAAAGAAAGCCAUGGGAAGAAAGGGCUGCAAUAGACAAACAGAGAUGGGAGAACGAAAGAAAAGAGUAUUUAUCUGAUCAACUAAAGCGUUUUGCCGAAUCUCAACGUGGGAUUAUGUUGAAUGAUUGGGUUAAAACUGAUACUCGUUAA